UUACCCUCACUUUUCUCUUUCUUCUUCUUACUACAAAACUCAAAUUCCCACCAUUAAAAUCCUUUUCUAUCACUGCAUUCAAGAGAAUUUCAUGAUGGAAAUGGCUGGAGUCGGCGUUCAAACCAGAGCUAAAGCAUUAGCCGUCGCCACUGCCACCGCCGCCGCAACAAGAGGCGGAAAAAGGAAAGUUAAUAAUAAUGAUCAUAAUCAAAGGCUCGUUAUGCAUAUUGAAUUUACUCGACGAAAACGACGAGUUUUAAUCAGUAGUACGCCGGAGAAUUCAGUUUCUACAUCACCGGAGUUACUAAAUCCCGGUCAACGGAGUAAUGUGGAAGAAAAAGAAGAUAGAUAUACUAACCCUAGGUUAAUAGAAGAGUUGUCGGAGUCGGAUCAAGCUUCGGGUUCUUGUUGCUCCAGUAAUGGAUCAAUCGAAGAUCAUGAAAGAAUUAACAAAUUUGCAGAUCUGCUACAGAAUGAACGGAGCGUUGAAGUUGAAACGUCAGUGAAUUAUGGCUGUAGAGAAAGAGAGACGACUCCGUCAAGCAAGUUUCGAGAAGAAUCAUCAGUAGAGCUGGAUUCACCGGCGAGACAACCGGUAAAUUCUCGCCGUAGAUUAUCAACGGCGAGGAUGAUGCCAACGGAGUCUGAGCUUGAAGAUUUCUUUGCAGAAGCUGAGAAGAAUAUACAAAAACAAUUUGCAGACAAAUAUAACUACGAUAUUGUGAAGGACGAACCAUUAAAAGGACGACUCGAAUGGGUACGAUUGAAGCCAUAAAAAGCAAAAAAACAACAAAAAUAACGCAGCACAGGCAGUGUUAGUUUCGAUUAAUUAGUUCUUCAAAUCUAAUUUAGAAUCUUGUAGCUCAAGCUAGCUGAAUUUUUUCUUUUAAAUUUCUUUCUUCUCCGUUGUGUUUCUCUGUACAGUUCUCUGUCAUUUAGAAUUAUGGUUAGAAGCUUCUCUUACACGCUGAAAUUAAUUAAGUCUUUUUUUUUCUGCAACAAGAAAAAAAAGUUGCAGAAAAUUUAAUAACAGAAGCUCUUAAUUGAUUUUGUAAGUGAAAAAUAUUUUCUUUCUGUCA